AAUAUAUAGCACCCACUGAAGGCAGGGAUGUAGACAGAAAGAACGGGGGUGGGGGAAGGAAGGAAAGCACGCGUCGCCAGGAUCCAGCUGUUUUCUAACAUACCUAAUCCUACGGAAGCUAGAAAGAUAUCGGAAGCAAGGAAGAUAUCGGAAGCGAGGGCAUCCCUCAAAUUCGAGAGGGCGGAUGCCUCUAGGGCUAGAGAGACUCCCUGGCCCUCUUUAACAGAGCGACUGGGAGGGGACAAAAUGGAGUUGAGGUUUAGGGGCAUCCUAAAGGUCGUUUGGAGGUCUAGCAAGCACUUCAUGGUCUCCUCUGGAAAGGGCCGUGGCAAAGCCUACUACCCCGAUCAGGAGGAUGACUUCUAGCCCUCGGGAUGCGGUGAGCGGCAGGAAGAGGCAGGCUGGGGUUCCGAGGUCCCCAGACUCCAUCACAGGAGGUUACUAUAACCUAGGGAAUCUUCCCGGCCCCAGCGGAGGCGAGCGGAUAGAUAGCCCUAGCUCAAGAAAAAAAGCGAGCCGAUUCCAGCAGCUGGAAUGCCCACCCAACCUCCUCCCGGCUCAGGUGAGGUAAGCCAGUCCCCACCUGGAGAUGGGGCCCUGGUACCGACAGGGCAGGGGUGCCGGGGCCGCAGCCUCCCCAGCCAGGGAUACUCACCCGAGGGGCGGCCCACCGCGUCUUCGCAGCCGGCCGGCGCCUGGCACUCGGGAAGCUCGCAAAAAGGAACCGCGUGCCCGCUAGCGCUGGGACGAGGAGGAGCGCGCCACGGAGGCCAGAGAAAAAGCCGCAGCGGCGCGCGCGCACCCGGACCGCCGGCGGAGGCGGGGCUCAGCGCGAUCCCGGAAAAGACGCGCCCGGAGGGGCGGGCGGAGCGGGGGCGCGCGGUGGUGUGGCAGAGCCAGCCGAAUCGCUGGCUGCAGACGGCUCGGCCCACCCACGCGCCCGCCCCCGCUCGCCCGGGACGUCAGCCGAAAAGGCGGAGCCGAACGGGCUUCCCGGGGAGAGGGAGGGGCGCUGCGGGGAAGGCGAGGCGUCUAACGGCUCGCCUCAAGUUGUUGUUCCCGCUGGCGAGCCGCUUCUGUCAGGCUCGCUGCUGGUGUACUUGA